AUGGGGCAGAAGAAAAUGGCGUACAGAGGGUUGAGGCGCCAGGCGCUGGAAAAGACCGGUACUCCAAGCUCAUCGGCAGCGAACUCUCGAACAACCAGCAGAAACGUGAGUAGGCAUGCCUCUGAUGAAGACGAUGAGAACUUGAGCGAUAGCACAAAUAUGAGUGUCACUUCCAUCGACGACAUGCUUACUAUUGAUGCACCGGCGGAAGACGCCAACGAAGAAUGGAAACAAUGGAUCGGCGACAGGAUGGAAGGCAUCAUAGAGAGAAAGGGAAGCAAUAUCGGGGGAAGAGUGGCGUCUCUAGAUGAAUAUAAUAAGGGUCUCAUGAAACAUUAUGCUUUUGACGAUAUUCGACACAAGACUUCAGAGCUGUUCCCCGCAUUUCUGAAAAGUGUCAGGGCGGAGAGUAGCGAAAAGGAGACAUGUUCGGCGUUGAGAGCUAUCGCCCUCACGCUCAUCACAGUUCCUUCAGAAACCGUUUACGAUGCCCUCUGUCAGACUCUAAAGAAUUCGUACACAGACUCGGAGUUCCCCAGCGUCAAGGCGAUAGCAAUCCACACCCUUAGCGCAGCAGCAAUUUACGGAGGUGCUUCCGACAACGAGGUCGAAGAGAUCAUGGAUGAUCUACUGGAGAUAAUUGAAUCAGACGGAGUCUCAGUCAAUGCAGAGGACAUCGGCGACGUUGUAGUUGCGGCUUGUGAAGCUUGGGGAUUCCUCGCUACGUCUAUAGACGAUAUGGAAGAGAAGACCGAGGUGGCUAUGGACGCAUUUGUUGAGCAGCUCGAGAGCAGCGAUGUGGCGGUCCAGAUUGCAGCUGGUGAGAACAUCGCCCUGCUAUACGAGAAAAGCUAUACACAACGAGAAACUGAAGACGGCCCCGCCACCGAGGACGAGGACGAGGAGGGUUAUCCAAUAGACAAUAGCCAUGUCAAACGUUAUGAGGUCUACCGACAAAAGCACCAACUCGAACACCUCCUCUCCCAACUCGCCAACGAGUCCUCGAGGCGGAUUGCCAAAAAGAACCGCAAACUUCUUCACACCAACUUUGCCGAUAUCCUAAACACGGUUCAACAUCCCACUCGAGGUCCGAGAUACCAGAAAGCCAUCGACCAGGAAACUGGCCGUAGAUACGGUUCGAGAAUGACCGUUCGCAUAUCAAAUGCUGGUUACAUGGAAAUAAAUAAAUGGUGGAAGCUACAUACGCUCCAGGCCCUGAGAAGAUUUCUUGGCGGCGGAAUUGUAGUUCACUACAUGAAUAACGAGGUUGUCUAUGACAGUCUUCCGUCAGUUGAUUGA